AUGAGCGCCACACCAACGGAUCAAUUAACCAUCAAGACAACCCUUCCAAUAGGAUGGAUCGGUUUAGGCUCUAUGGGACUUGCUAUGGCUAUGAACGUUCAGAAGCAUCUGAAAGCUACAGGCUUGCCAAACUUGCACUACUGGAAUCGCACAAUAUCAAAAGGAGAUAGCCUGAAAGGGAUUGGUGGUUGGCCAUGCGAGCGCAUUACCGAGGUACCCUGGAACUGCGGUGUGACAUUCAUAUCUGUCAGCGAUGAUCAGACGUUGGAAUAUGUUGUCGACGAGGUAGUAACCCUCGGCACCUCUCUGAAUGGUAAAAUCUUUGUAGACACUACCACUGUUCACCCAUCUACCACAACAGCUGUAGCCAACCAGCUCGAACAAUUGGGCGCCUACUACGUUGCUGCUCCUGUUUUCGGUUCCACUCCCGUCGCACAAGCAAGUCAGCUUCUUGUCGCUGUCGCCGGCCAUGAAGGUGCUGUUGCUGCUGUUGAACCGCUUCUGAAGGGCGUCAUAGCGCGUGGAGUCAUCCGCGUCGGCGAAGAUCCAGCGCAAGCAUUGCUGCUGAAAACAACGAGUAACAUGCUAACAGCGGGUAUGAUGUACCUCAUCUCCGAAGCGCACACCCUUGCCGAGAAGUCUGGACUGCCCUCUUCCGUUCUUGAAUCGCUUAUUGAACAGAAUCUGGGCACUUAUGCGCAUGGUGUGUCGAAACGUCUCACCUCUGGCGCGUAUCUGCCGGCUGAUGGGCAGGCGCCGCAGAGUAGUUUGGUACUAGGGAUCAAGGACGUGCAGCACGGUGUCAAUCUGGCCAAGAGCACGGGAAUGAAGCUGGAGGUUGCGGAAAGCUAUGUAAAUGCAGCGAAGAAGGCGAAGGCGUGGAGUGCGGAGAAGGGGAGGGCGUUGGAUAGCAGCAGUGUCUUUGGGGUCAUAAGAGAGAGAGCGGGGCUGCAAUUUGAGAAUGAGGUGGUGAAGGAGAGGGAUGCAAAGAAGAUGAAGAGAACAGAUGAUGAGUGA